AUGGUCGGCAGGGAACUGGAGGGUGUGUUUGUUUACCUUGGGGCCCACGAGUUCCCGGACACCAAUGACACCUCGACCGCUGUAGUGGCCUCUCUUGUUAGUGUCCAUGAUGCUUAUGACGACUACAAAAAGUUGAACGACAUUGCACUGGUCAAGCUCUCGUCGCCAGCGAACUUCACGCUUAAAGUAAGCCCGGCCUGCCUGGGACUCGAUGGGGAUGUGCAGGUCGGCGACAAGGUGGUGGUGGCAGGCUGGGGCAAGUUAACAAACGAGGGAGAUGAGUUCCCGAAAACACUGAUGAAGGUCGACCUAGAGGUAGUGGAUCCGAUGAUAUGUAAGGAAUCAUACAAUGGCACCAUCGAAAUUAAUGACAACAUGAUGUGCUCGUUUGCCAGUGGCAAAGACUCCUGUGUGGGGGACAGCGGCGGCCCCCUGCUGGUUGAGGUAGGAUUGGGACAGUGGGUUGCGGUGGGCGUGGUGAGCUUCGGAGCGGGGUGUGCCCAGGAGUACCCAGGAAUUUACACUCGUGUCUCAAAGUACCACAACUGGAUCAACGAAAUCGUCCAAGACCCCCAGUGCUAAGGCUGCUCCCGUAUACACGAGCGUAUUACACUCACAUAUACACACACACACACACCUCUGACGAACGACUAAGAUUGCUGGAGACUGCGUUGGCGCACAACUGAAGACACUUUCACCCCUUGGCUUGCUAAAGACCGGAGAAACCAUGGCGACGAAGAAUUAUUCCAUCAGAAAUGCACAAAAACUUUCUACAGCGUGAACGAUAAUGAAAACUCUCAAGGAACGACCAAAAUGAAGCAACAAGGAGACGAAAAUGUUCAACCACGACUAUGAACCCCCAAAGAAAGUUUCGUAAACUUAACAGUUCAAAUUAGUUUCAACAAGACGAAUAAAGCAAAAUUUUCGCUAAAACAAAAGAAAUUCUGAGAUCUGCAAAGCCUCACCAAGUAAAACUAUCCUACAAAUUUCCUUAAAAGAAUAACUAUAUCAAAGUUCAGCUAACCAGAACAACCUGAGAAUUUGUCACUUGUCUGAAGAACAUUUCCAGAUACUAUCACUUGUCUGCAGAACAUCUCCAGAUACUAUCACUUGUCUGCAGAGCAUUUCCAGAUACUAUCACUUGUCUGCAGAACAUCUCUAGAUACUAUCACUUGUCUGCAGAACUGUACCACUUACCUAAGAUGAACAAUAAUUGUGUAAGGUGAAUGAAGGCGCAUUAAUGAAACCAUAUUUUCUUCUUUCUAAUAGAUUUAAAUUAACAUGUAUAAUCUUGCCAAGGGGGAUAUCAAUUUUGAGAGUACAGU